GGGGGUCGGGGGAUGACGCCGGAGAUAGAGAAGAAAUAAGGGACAGAGAAAGUGACGGGGGAGGAGGAGGGAAGAGAAAGGGAUCGGACUGAACUGGGAGGGAGGAAAGAAAAGGCUGAGAGAGUAAAGAGAACACGACUGAUGCGACACAAUCGCCCGGAAUAUACAGAGACCCCCGGAGUCACCGACACCAGGGACAGAGACCUGCAGACACUCAGGUGAGACCCCAGAGCAACAUCAGAACCUUGCGGCCCCCGUCUCCUGAGGCACCUGAGGAUCAGCAGGGAGAUUGUAUAACAACUUCUAGGCGGUGGCAGAGAGGAGAAGAAGGAGAAAAGGAGAAGAAGAAGAAGAAGAAGAAGGAGAAGAAGUCGCACCAGGGAAAUAGAGAAGAAGAUAAAUAAGAAGAAGGAAGGAACGUUCUCCUGCUCUAGAUCUUCAGCAAAAAGGACAUAUAAUAAGGGGUCGAUAGACAAUGUAGCACAGCAAGAAAGGUGCAAAAGAAUAAAGGGAAAGUAUCUCCAGAACCUCGCGCCCCAUUGGCCCCGCAGAGACCCCCCGAUUGUGUUCCUAUACAAAGGGCAAGAGAAGACAUGGACUUCUGGGUGCUGAUGUUAUUAUGUCUCACAGCAGUGUCGUCCUGCUGGGCUGGGUGCGUAGAGGUGGAGUCAGAGACGGAAGCUGUGGUGGGACAUGAGUUUAAGAUCCGGUGCAUCUCAUGUAAGAAACGAGGAGAGACCAAAGCCAUCACCUUCGUGGAGUGGUUCUUCAGAGCCAAAGAUGAAGAUGCAUUCAGAGUGAUCUAUUACUACCAGAAAGACGCCCCGGAUAUCAAAGACGAACGCUAUGGCAACCGCAUCUUAUGGAGCGGGAGCAACCACACGGAAGACCUACAGGACGUGUCCAUACAGAUCACAAACGUCACAAUGGAAGACGCAGGAGAAUACAUGUGCAAGGUCAACCGAACCCUCGAAUUUGAGAACCACUAUUACAACGUCAAUGUCAGCAAGUUCAUCCAGGUCACGGUGGUGCCCAACGCCAAUCGGGACAUCGCUUCCAUAGUGUCCGAGAUUAUGAUGUACGUCCUCAAUGUGGUCUUAACAAUAUGGCUGGUGGCAGAGAUGAUGUACUGUUAUAAGAAGAUAGCAGCAGCAGGGGAAGAGACGGUGCCGGAGAAUGCAUCGGACUAUUUAGCAAUAACCGCUGAAAAUAAAGACAACUGCUUGGGCGUGCAGACUCAGGAAUAGCCCAAGCUUUGGCUUGUGACUCAGGAUAGCCAGCUGGGUGAGCGAGUGAAGCGAGUGGAACCUGGCGAGGUCGGCCGAAAAAACUGUAACGGGUCAAAACCUCAAAGAUGAGCCGAACCCCUUCCCCUUUCACUCCCAAUCCAGGUGCAUGUUAUUGCUUUCAACAUCACUCACCGAUUUGUUCACCAAAGCCUCGCCUUGGGGAUACUUUAUGCUGAGCCUUCUGAACCCCCUUCUUUUCAACAUUCCGGCAAGGAAGGGGUUAAUGAGGCUUCCAGGCCAAAUCAGAACAGGAUGUGGCCGCCCAUUAGGUUUUCUUUUGCUUUCUACAGUUGCAGUUUUUGUUUGCUGGUUCAGCAAGAAUUUGCCCCAUUCGUUUCUUCUGGAAGGUCGGGGAUGGUGACUCUUUGUGGAACAUGGAUCCUCCCCCUGGAGGCUUUUUCUUUCUUCCAUGAAAACAUACGUCAAUGUUAUUUACUGCACUGCCCAACAACAUGUUUCAGACUUGCCUGGCACCAAAGGAGUUAAUUCCCCUGCCUGUAGCCACCACCGCAGGGACAGAUCUUCUCUGGAACUGGGCUACCGUUGCCUGAUAGGAUUUGCUUCUCUUUUAAUAACCUCCCUCCUGCCCUUUAUGGGGGAAGCUCUGGAGGGGGGGAAAAGGGGUUCAACGAGGACAUUUUUUUUAAAAAGCAUGUUAUUUAUUUUUUAAUACAGAAUAAUUAAAAAAAAAAGAGGUAAUUUAGAUUAUAAUAUGUAUGAUUGAAUGAGGAAGAUUUGAACCGGCCGUCCCUCUCUAGAAGGCUCUUCAUGCCGGCCAGAGGAAUGAGACAAGCAAAAGACAAUGGGUCUGGCGUUCAAAGGGUUAAUCAUGACAAGCAGUUCCGCUGUGUAAUUAGCCUCGUUAAAGAUCGAUCCAUUGAACUGUAUGACAGAAUACUACACAAGAUUGCUGGGGGGAAGGACUUUUCAGGCGCACUUAUCACUUCCUGUUCAGCAUGCUGUAUUAUAUUGUGUAAACUAUAGAGGAAACUGAUGGGUGGCCGGAAAAAUUCCUUCCCCCGGUCUCCUGACAAUAAUUCUGCUCUUUAUACAGUCGAUCGAUCUAUGAGUAUAAAUAUUCUGUGCAAUUGGGGCUUCCUGGCGGAGAUGCAGUCAAGUGUUGUCAGUUUGUAACCAGAGGUGAUUCAGUUUAGAAUUAUUCUAUUGAUAUAAUGGAUUGGCACAAAUAUAUAUAUAUAUGUAAAUCCCAUUCUAGAAACAGAGUAGUAACGCAGGUCAUGUGAAAAAUCAAUCGUAAUACCAAAAAAAAACACGCUUUAUUAGCGCAAAGGAAAAAUAUAAAUAAAUAAAUAUAAGCAAGAUUCCUUAGAUUUGCAAUCUAUGUUUUUUUCUGGUUUUCAAGACAUUAGCACUUUGUACACUGCUCAUAUAAUGAAUCUGAAACAACAGUGCAACCUGCUGUUUAUUUUGAAAGAAAAUGAAGUUAGUGAGAAGUAGGGAUGUACCAAAUCCACUAUUUGGGAUUCGGCCAAACCCCAGAAUCCUUCAUGAAAGAUUCAGCCGAAUACCGAACCGAGUCCUAAUUUGCAUAUGUAAAUUAGGAACGGGAAGGGUAAAAGCGUCCGAAAGCCGGAUUUGGUGCAUCCCCAGUCUUUACCGCUUCUCAAUGACUUAAUUUUCCACCAAAUGCGUUCAAAAUAGGCAGCAGGCUGUUUCAAAAGAAAAGCAAUUUUACCUUAAUUUUAGUUUGAGGGUUUCCUUUUCAGUAAUAGUCAGAAAAACAAUGGUCUUCUAGAAAACCAGGGCCCAAUCCUGAUGAAGGUCGUAGCCUUAUUUAUAUGAAGAAUACUGUAUCCCCAUAAAAUAUAAGGAUAUUAUUAUUAUUAAUGAGGCGUUCAGUCGUGCUUUCAUAUGGUCAUGGAACCCCUCCGAGGUUUCAGGGUGACCUCAUAUUUCACAAGAGUUUACAUUACUUAUAUACAAUGUAUAAUAUAUACGUUCCAUUGAGUCAUGUGACGUAUGACACAGAUUAUAACUGAUGACAUCACUAAGCACUGUAAAGCAAAAAUUUUUAAGGAUAUUCAUGGCUUCUUGUGUUU